UUGAAAAUACUCAUAUUUUCGCUCAUAUUUUCAGAAGCAUUCCGAAACCGUAAGAUUCCGACGGAAGCUGAGGAAUUAACUGGGCAAGAACUGGUUGACUAUGUGAACAGCCAUCAGUCGCUGUGGAAGGCAAAGGUGAAUCGCCGCUUCGCUCAUUAUCCGGACCGAACAAAAUGGGGCCUCAUGGGAGUGAAUAACGUGCGACUGAGCGUCAAGGCAAAACAGCAUCUGUCCGCCACCAAGGACUUAGACAUCGACAUUCCGGAGUCGUUCGAUUCGCGUGAACAAUGGCCCAACUGCGCUUCCAUAAAAGUUAUUCGGGACCAGUCCAGUUGCGGUAAGUACACAGUGGAAUUAAUGAAUCGUCUCAUUCGAAAAUGUGAGGGCAUGGAGGGAGGUGACUAG